GUAUGUAUAGGUUAACAGCAAUUUUAGCAACGCCUUACAGUACAAAUACUGUAAAUGCAAGGCCGGCUCAUACUUACUGAGUUCCUGUCCCUCUCUCUUUCUCACACCCACUUCACGCACUCCUUCAUUCAUUCACGUUCUCUCUCUCUCUCUCUCAUCUUUUCUGCUUUUUCCUCUUUGCUUUUCAGUUUCUUGUUUAUUCAUUUCAUCUCUCUCUCUCUCUCUACAAACCUUCCCUCUGCUCUUGUGUUUGUAAGGAUUCCAAACUGCUCUGCCAUCGCAAGCCAGUGGGAAACCAGUUUGCCGCUUCUCUUUCCUGAAAAUAGGCCGGAGAAAUGCUGUCGGACCUGGAUUUCCCAGCUAUUUAUACCGAUUUUUCCGGUCGUAGUUGAGUUCAGCAGACCCACCAAUUUUUUCAGCCAAUAUAGAGAGACAUUCUUGUUUUAUUUCCAGCAAGGACGAAAAAUGCCUGAGACGUUGUUAUGCUUAAAGCCAGCCGAAAAAUCGAAUGAGCAGAAUUUUGAUAUAGAAAAGGAGAAAUUACUAGAGAAUGCUACAACUACCACCACGCCGAGAUCAGUUAUACUUGUUCCACGAAGCAAAUCUCAGGCCACCUGCCGUAGAGUGACACCCACCUCAAUUUCUGUGAGCAACGGAGCUAAUAUAAUCGAGAAACACCUUCCCAAUGGGGAUCUGUAUAUUGGAACGUUCUCCAACAAUACGCCCCACGGAUCCGGGAAGUACUUAUGGAAAGAUGGGUGCAUGUACGAAGGGGAGUGGAAGAAGGGGAAAGCGAGUGGAAAGGGGAAGUUCUCUUGGCCAUCUGGUGCGACGUUUGAGGGAGAAUUCAAGUCGGGCCGGAUGGAAGGUACCGGUACUUUUAUCGGGUCCGAUGGGGAUAUGUAUAGAGGUUCGUGGUCUGGGGAUCGGAAGCAUGGUUACGGGGUUAAACAUUAUAGUAAUGGUGAUUACUAUGAAGGGCAGUGGAAGAGGAAUUUACAAGAUGGCCAAGGGAGGUAUCUAUGGAAGAACGGAAACGAGUAUAUUGGGGAGUGGAAGAAUGGGGUGAUUCAUGGGAGAGGGGUUUUGGUUUGGAAUAACGGGAAUAGAUAUGAUGGGGAUUGGGAGAAUGGUGUUCCGAGAGGACAUGGGGUUUUCACCUGGCCUGACGGAAGUUGUUAUAUGGGAAGCUGGUCUAAUGAUUCUUGUAAAAGUAGUAAUAGAACCCAGAUUCUGAAUGGAACAUUUUACCCGGCUCACAAUGCCAAGAAUGGUAACGAUAAUGAUGAGGACUUGAAAGGGUACUUUAGUCAAAAAUUAUCUGCGCCGUUGAUGGUGGUCGGCGAGGAGAGCGUGGAUUUGGUGAUUGGUGGUGAUGGGGGGAAGAAGAGGUCCUCCGUUGACGGUGGGACAGCGGAUAGGGCUUUUCCGAGAAUUUGCAUUUGGGAAUCGGAGGGGGAAGCUGGAGAUAUCACUUGUGAUAUUAUUGAUAACAUGGAAGCGAGUAUGCUGUACAGAGACGGGUUCGUGUUGGAUCGAGAUGGGAUAAGGCAGUUUAGGAGGAAUCCCUGCUUUCUCAGUGGUGAAGUGAAGAAGCCGGGGCAGACAAUAUCAAAAGGGCAUAAGAACUACGAUCUGAUGCUCAAUCUCCAAUUGGGUAUAAGGUACUCUGUGGGGAAGCAUGCAUCAGCAUUGCGUGAUCUUAAGCUGAGUGAUUUUGAUCCUAAGGAAAAGUUCUGGACGCGGUUUCCUCCUGAGGGGUCAAAAAUUACACCGCCACAUCAAUCCAUGGACUUCCGGUGGAAGGAUUACUGUCCUGUGGUGUUUAAACAUUUAAGGGAGCUAUUUCAAGUAGAUCCUGCGGAUUAUAUGUUAGCCAUUUGUGGGAAUGAUGCUUUGAGAGAGCUCUCAUCUCCGGGGAAGAGUGGAAGCUUCUUUUACUUGACACAGGACGAUAGGUUCAUGAUCAAGACAGUGAAGAAACCAGAAGUCAAGGUGCUUAUUAAGAUGCUUCCAAGUUAUUACCAGCAUGUCUGUCGCUACGAAAAUUCUCUUGUAACAAAGUUCUAUGGCGUCCAUUGUGUCAAACCAGUGGGGGGCGUCAAGACCCGGUUCAUUGUGAUGGGAAAUAUGUUCUGCUCAGAGUAUCGUAUUCACAGAAGGUUUGAUUUGAAAGGAUCAUCACAUGGCCGCACAACUGAUAAACCUGAGGGAGAGAUUGAUGAAACCACAACUCUGAAGGACCUUGAUCUGAACUAUGUAUUUCGGCUGCAAGCCAAGUGGUAUCAAGAACUUAUGAAACAAAUUGUUCGUGAUUGUGAAUUCUUGGAGGCAGAGAAAAUUAUGGAUUACAGUCUCUUAGUAGGUAUUCAUUUUCGCGAUGAUAAGACUGGAGACAAGAUGGGGUUGUCGCCUUUUCUUUUGCGCACAGGAAAGAAUGAUUCAUAUCAAAGCGAGAAGUUCAUGCGUGGUUGUCGUUUCCUUGAAGCAGAACUGCAAGACAUGGACCGGAUUUUAGCCGGCAGGAGACCACUGAUCAGGCUGGGGGCCAACAUGCCAGCACGAGCAGAGCGUGUAGCUCGAAGGAGUGAUUUUGAUCAGUACACUCCUGGGGGAUUUAGCCAUUUGACACCCUCCCGCAGUGGUGAAAUCUAUGAAGUCGUCCUAUACUUUGGGAUCAUCGACAUUUUGCAAGACUACGAUAUCAGCAAGAAGCUUGAACAUGCAUACAAGUCCUUACAGGUCGAUCCCACCUCAAUUUCAGCCGUUGACCCAAAACUAUAUUCCAAAAGAUUUCGCGAUUUCGCAGGGAGAAUAUUUAUAGAGGACAGAUGAUGCGAAUGAGAUAUAGUUUCCUACAAGAAGCCCUGGCUGUGAAGAAUACAGGGCUUGGAGAAUUGCAGCAUUGCCAAUGUCGGGGGCCAACCGAGAAAAGGGAAGUGGGGAUGAGGGCUGAGUUUUUGUUGGAUCAGCCAUGGUUGGAAGUUUGUUCUGUACAUGGAAAAUUGGGAGGGAAAUAUUUUGGUGUUUUGGGUUGAAUCUUUUUGUUAGUAAUUUUUGGUGGAGAAGCAGAGGAAUGUGGAGAUUGGGAAGAUAGGAGGAACAGGGAUCACCAACUUUUCCCCAUGAAGAUUCAAAAUGUGGGAGGGGGAAUUUGAAUAAUGAAGUGUACCCAUAAUCACUUAGAAAAAAAAAAGAAAUGUACAGCAUACAGGUAAACAGAGUGCAUAGAUUAUGAAAUAUUUUUUUGAUGAGAUUCCAAA